AUGUCUUUCAUAUAAUAGAAAAUUAUUUCACUGGUUAACAAAAAUAUAUUUUGGAUUUCAGAUUUUCUAAAGAAAAAAUAGAACUUUUUAAUCAAGCUAAUUCAAGAUAUUAGAAAGUACUUAAGGAAUAAUGGUAUUAGUUUAAAUUUUGAACUAAAAGGAUGGUUUGAGUAUAUUUAAUUUUAAGGAGGAAAUGAAAAGGAUGUAUAGAUAAUUUUAGAUUAAGGGAAAACAUUUGAUAUUUCUUUUAGGCGAAUAAUUUAUUUGUUUUUGGGGUUGAUAUUGAAGUUAUUUGAGGUUGGAUGAUUUUAUAAAGAAUAACGAAUUAAUUAAUUAGAUUAAGUAAAUGAUUAGAACAAAAGAUUAAAUAAGAAGCUGAAAAUAAAUAUUUAUCUGAAAGACUUGUAGUGGGAAGAUUGAUUAAUGAUAAUAAUCUAUUUAUGAAUAGUUGAUGGG